CAUAGUUAGCACUAUUAUUCUUGUCACUUCAGAAAAAGAUUAUCAUAUUGUAUCGGGAAAAAUCCCUGCUGACCCUGUUUCAACAACUCUCGAUCUCGAUCAAUUCCGCUAUGGCGCCGACGUCGUUUGAUCCUGCUAACAUAGAACCCGUUGCAAGAAGGAAGAACAAUGGUCCUCCUCUCAAGUUCCUUUUUCCUCUCAUAUAUGCUCCUGUUCUACCUCUAAUUCGUUUGGGGUUGCGGCAUAAACCUGUUUUGAGAGAUCGUUUGUUUACAGCUGUGUUGGCCGGUGCUUUUCUUCAUGGAGGCUAUCUCGUAUCAGAUUUGUAUGAUGCUGAGAGCAAAUGAUUAUACAGAGCAUGUAUUGGGCGUUAGACCAGCAUCGUUUACAUCACAACUCAGGUCCUCAAUAAAUUAUUUGACUUGCGUUUGCUGCUCAAAAUCCUGGUAACACCUUAAAUAGAGAAAUUUUAUCAUGUACGAAUUUUUUUUCCCAAUUUUUUGGGAAGAUUAUUGUACCACAUACUAUUCGAGAAUUGCAUCUUUUAUUGCGGCUUUAGCUUUUAGUAGAAUAAUUAUGGAAUUUGGAGGCUAUUCUUGAUCUCCUCCAAGUGUUAUAAUGCGAGCAAAAUAUGGUCUAAUUGGAUUCAGAACAUCAAUAUGCAUACUUGAUAUAAAUCUUAUUUGCUCACCUGA